CCGAACAGGGUGAGGCGACGAUGAGCCUGUCAAUGGGCGCGUGCCCCCACGCGUGGCAGCAGCACCACCUACACCACCGCGGGCGCAUGUGGGCCGCCUCCCCGGCCUUCCGCAGGCAGCUCUUCCUGCUCCGCUCUCUCGCGCCCACCUGCGCAGACGGCGGUCGCGCCUCCUCGAGCUCUCUUCGGCCCCACUUGAUGUAUGCGGCGGCCGGGCCGGUGUACGAGGCGGACGCGGAGGCGGUGGUCCGGCGAAUCACGCCGCCGCUCGACCGCGCAAGGCACAAGGGUCAGGCAGGGAAGAUAGCAAUAAUUGGUGGAUGUCGCGAGUACACUGGUGCUCCUUAUUUUGCCGCUAUCUCUGCGUUGAGAGUUGGCGCAGACCUCUCACAUGUUUUCUGCACAAAAGAUGCUGCAACAGUAAUCAAGAGCUAUAGCCCGGAGUUGAUUGUGCAUCCAAUAUUAGAGGAGUCCUACAGCGUAAGGGAUGAUGAAAGAGAAUCUGUUUCUUCUAGCAUUCUCGCUGAAGUUAUAAAGUGGAUGGAGCGCUUUGAUUGCAUUGUUGUUGGCCCCGGCCUUGGAAGGGACUCAUUUCUUAUGGAUUGUGUCGGUAAUAUCAUGAGGCAUGCACGACAGGCUAAUAUCCCAACUGUUGUUGAUGGGGAUGGCCUUUUCCUUAUAACCAAUAACAUUGGUCUUGUUGAAGAUAACUCUCUUGCCAUCUUAACGCCAAAUGUAUACGAGUACAAGCGUCUUGUCCAGAAGGUUCUUAACUGUGAAGUAAAUGAGGAAAAUGCUUCUGAGCAACUGACUGCACUUUGCCAAAAAAUUGGUGGUGUAACUAUCAUGAGGAAAGGAAAAGCAGAUCUAAUUAGUGAUGGUAAAAAAGUCACACAAGUGAGUACCUUUGGUUCUCCAAGGCGAUGUGGUGGUCAAGGCGACAUUCUCUCUGGAAGCAAUAUCAGUGUUCUAAUGGCAAGGAUACAUUUUUUUAGCAUAUAUUUUUAGGUAACCAAAUGAACCAACAUUAUGAGAGUGGUUAUUUCUACUCUAACCUGCUUUCUUUCUCUCUAAACUUUAGAGGCUUAAUGGUUGUAAUCAUAGUCGAUGUCAAAUCACAAACACGCUUGACGCUUCUAAACUUCGAAUGAUGUGUGCCUAGGCUAUAUUUAACACAGCAAAUAGACCAAACCCAUUCCACACAAGCAUACUUCUAUUGAGCUCAUGUGAUAUGUGUUGAGGUUUGCUCAGCACAUCUACAUCUAAUGCUUGGAACAUAUGUAUUGGAUCCAUAAUUGCGUUGCAGGGUUAUAUUGUUGUGGUUAAUUACCUGAGAUUCACCUUUGUGUGUUGCUUUGAUUUUUCUUCUAACAGUUAUACUUUAAUCAUAAUUGAUUGAACUUUCUUCUGAUAAUUGCCUAGCUUAGUUCUAAACUUGUAAGGUGCUUAGUUAGUACUCCCUCCGUCCCAAAAUAAGUGUCUUAAGCUUAGUACAACUUUGUACUAAAGUUAGUACAAAGUUGUUUGGGACGGAGGGAGUAUUAUCUAAACAAUAUUAUGAUAGUGAUAGGUCAACAUUAUGUUUCGGACAUCACUGAAGUAUUGGUCUUUUUGGCAUGUUAUGUAUGGUUUUUUUAGGCGUUCAAUCAAUGAAAAAUAAUAAUACAAGUAACCAUGACAUUUUAUGUUUCCUAUAUCUCAAACACACUCCAUUUGAAACCAAGGUUGGUUGAUUUGUUAUCUAAUCUUGUUUAC